CUGCUGUCUGUCAACCGCCACUUCCGCCAGUGGAUCGGUCAUACUGUUUUUCUUUUAUUGUUGACAUUUUCUACAUCGUUCUUCCUACUGGACCCCCGGCCCCUCCCCGCAGCGAGAGGAUGACCACCGAGAAGAACGACUUUACUUCCGCGGAAGUGGGAGCCUGUCAACCGUCUGGCUUCGAGCAUUCUACGUUUCCUCUCGGGUUUGGGAUGAACAUGCCAAGCUCGGAGGUGCACGGUGGGCCAAGUGUGCCUGGAGCUCUUCCUUUCCCACCUCCGAUGACUUUUGCACCGGUUGCCCCUGAAGCUUACGGAGUGACUCCAAAACCACAAGCAGGAGGAAGCUCUGGGUACGUCAACCCAAAUUACCCCGGUUACGCUGCACACGCUCCUCCGUACUCUCCGCCAGCUCCUGGCUUUGUUGACAGCCACGGGAACGGUGCUAAUGUUUACCUCAGUGAGGAGGAGCCACCACCCUUUCACGACAAUCAAGAUUUUGACUUUGGAUUAGACAACAAGAGCAUCAGGAGAGCCUUCAUUAGAAAGGUGUACUUGGUGUUAACUGCUCAGCUGAUGGUCACCUUCGGGUUUGUGGCUGUUUUCACCUUUGUGGAUCAAGUCAAGGGCUUUGUCAUAAGGAACACCUGGACCUACUUUUUGUCCUAUGGGAUCUUUUUUGUGUCCGUGUGUGUGAUAAGCUGCUGUGGAAACGUCCGCCGCAGACACCCCUGGAACCUGGUGGCUUUGUCCAUCCUGACGCUCAGCAUGUCCUACAUGGUGGGAGUGAUCGCCAGCUUCCACAACACAGAGUCGGUGAUCAUAGCAGUGGGAAUCACAGCAGUUGUGUGCUUUAGCGUGAUCAUCUUCUCCAUGCAGACCAAAUAUGACUUCACUUCCUGUUAUGGAGUGCUCUUCGUUUGCUUGAUUGUCCUGUUCAUCUUCAGCAUCCUCUGCAUCAUCUUCCAGAACAUGAUUCUGAACAUUGUGUAUGCUGGACUGGGAGCGUUACUUUUCACUGUUUUCUUGGCGGUGGACACGCAGCUGCUGCUCGGUAACAAGGAGUUGUCCCUGAGCCCAGAAGAAUACGUGUUUGCUGCUCUGAACCUCUACACUGACAUCAUCAACAUCUUCCUCUACAUUCUUGCCAUCAUCGGAAGAGCAAGAGGCUGAAGAGAGAGAGCAGCCUGUCAGCGCUCAAGCAGAAAGUUGUUUUGUUGAACUUUCCAUAAUAAUCCUGAAUCAGAUCUCAUUUGCUCAGUUGGGCAUUUUGAUCACAUAGCUUUUGUUCCUGCUUUAAAAUCUAAACGAAUCGAUAAACAGUGAGUAAGUUGCAGUUUGACUGAUUACUGGUGUCUGUGGAAUCGUCUGUAAUAUUCUGUAAUUGUAAUAUAUGGAAGGUGUAUCUUAUGCUGUAGACCAGCUUCAGGGGUGUUUAAACUAUAGAAAGGGAGGUUUGGGUUUUGUUUAGUCAAAAACCAUUUCUAGGGUUCCAACUGAACCGGAGCAAAACUAGAAAGGAAGCCAGCAAGAGUAGAAGGGAACUAAACCAAAACAACUCUGUCUCCAGGACAACGAGAAACCCGUUGAAACACUUAGAAAUGAUAAACUUGCAUUUUUGCUUCUUUUUUCUUUAAGUACUCUCAACUGUUUUCACUUUAUUGCUCUCAAGUUUUGAGAAAAUUUUAAAAACAUGACAUCUGUUCUUUGUAUAAAGUAAAAGAAUAAACAACAUACAUUCCAUCGA